UCAACAACAAUGACGUCACCAUCUUCAUUAAUCGAAAAAACCAACGAAGGCAGCUGCAAGUGAUCGCAAUAUUCUACCGAAAUGUGUUUAAAUUCGAGAUAAUUGAAACUAAAACAGUGUUAAGCAUUAGCAUUGAUCCGAAAUUACCGGAAGAAAGUGAAAAACAACAUCGAAAGGGAAAAAUAAGCAAACAGCAGUCAUUUUUCGUUGACUCGCAGCCAAGUGGGAGUUGUCUCGAAGGUGAAAACUAAAUCCGCUGCAGAAUGGAGGACAUUUUCCACUGGUGCCGCGAGGGAAACUCCAUCCAGGUGCGUCUCUGGCUGGACGACACCGAGCAUGACAUGAAUCAAGGAGAUGAUCAUGGAUUUAGUCCACUGCAUUGGUGCGCUAAGGAGGGCCAUACGAAACUGGUUGAGAUGUUGCUGCACCGCGGGGCUCGAGUUAACGCCACCAAUAUGGGUGAUGAUAUUCCGCUGCAUCUGGCUGCAGCACACGGGCAUCUGGAGAUUGUUCAAAUGCUGAUUCGCUACCGUUCAGAUGUGAACGCUGCCAACGAACAUGGCAACACGCCACUUCACUAUGCUUCCUUCUGGGGCUAUCAACCGAUCGCCGAAGAGCUGGUCAACAAUGGUGCUUUGGUUUCGCUAGCCAACAAGGAUGGCGAUACUCCGCUGGACAAGGCUAAGGCUCAGCUAGCUACUCGUUUGCACAACCUUGCCAUCGAAAGCGGACAGGAGUUGAAAAAGAUCAGCUUCAAGGACCAAAGUUGGCUGGGUCUGAAGACGCGAUCUCGCGAUGCGACACUUUCCCGAUACAAGGGAAUCAACAUCCAGGACUUGACGCUGCACACCAAGCUGGCUAUUACUGCGGGAGGCGAGACCUGGCGCGGUAAAUGGCAGAACAAUGAUAUCGUUGCAAAAAUUCUGUCAAUACGCGAGUGCAAUGCACGCGUCAGCCGGGACUUCAACGAGGAGUUCCCAAAACUGCGCAUCUUUUCUCAUCCGAAUAUUCUACCGGUGAUCGGAGCAUGCAAUGCUCCGCCUCGCUUGAUCGUAAUCAGUCAGUACAUGCCGAGAGGCUCGUUGUACGACUUGUUGCAUGGUGCUGCCGGAAUCGUUGUCGAUACGGCCCAAGCGGUGCGGUUCGCGCUGGAUAUUGCCAGGGGUAUGGCAUAUCUACAUUCACUGGAGCGAAUUAUUCCGGAGUAUCAUCUCAAUAGCUUCCACGUCAUGAUCGACGAUGACCUGACGGCCCGAGUCAACAUGGCGGACGCCAAGUUCUCCUUCCAGGAGCGUGGACGCGUCUACCAGCCGGCAUGGAUGAGUCCGGAAAUGCUUCAACGGAAACGUAGCGAUCGCAACUGGGAGGCGUGUGACAUGUGGAGCUUCGCCAUCUGUAUUUGGGAGUUGGCAACGCGGGAAGUUCCUUUUGCGGAGCUGUCGCCGAUGGAAGCCGGUAUGCGAAUCGCUACCGAAGGUCUAAGAGUGACGAUUCCCCCGGGAACGUCACCCCAUCUGUCGAAAUUGAUCAAAAUUUGCAUGAACGAAGAUUCGGGAAAGCGUCCCAAGUUUGACAUGAUUAUACCGAUUCUGGAAAAAAUGAAACGCUGAAAUGGGAAACGAAUCAUCGGGGAAAAAAAUUAUGUGCCUUCAAAUGUUUUGUCUUCUUAUUUAUUUAAACACAAAAACAAACUUCCUAACAAACCGACAAGAUUGUUUUAACCUGCCAAAAUGUAACAGUGUGCUGAUUUAUUAACAACACGAACACGACACAAAAUGUUCUGGCGACAAUAUAUCGUGUUAGGUUUCGUACUACAAGUUGAAAAAUGUAACAAAUAAUUUCAAGCAAAGCAACAACUCAAAGUGUCUUACUCGUGUCUAAAUAGUAGAUAGUAUUAAAGAGGAUUUUAGUGGCAGCUGUCAAUGCAAAUCAACUGCACAAAUUAACUGAUCUUAAAAUUGGAGGGUAGUCGAUGCAUGUUUGUAAAUGUAAUAUGUAACAGUUUAGAAAUGUAGCGACAGAUUUAUAUUUAAUAAACGUUUAUUGACGACCAAAAGGA